CAUUUGCGAGAGUGUUAACAUAUUCUCCCAAUCAGGUAGCGCCAGCCGCUGGGCCAAUGCCUCUGACUACACAGUAUGUUCUCUUCCCUAAAUGGCAAUGAUAUGCCCUCACUAAAUCUGGAGACGCAGAUAUAGUAUGAACACUAUACACUCAGUUGCAGCAUACCCUAGCUCAGCGAACACUCGGCACUGGCCUGUAAACGCUGAGGUUAGCAGCAUGCAGAGCAGUUUGUACCAGGGUGAUAUUCUGGAUCAAUGGUGCCUUCAUCCCGACGUACAGAUUUCAGAUUCGUUUUCGCCAGGAACAAGUCACCUUGAUGCAGAGUAUAAUCAGUAUACCAGUCACGCCGAAUGCGCUUCGAACCAAGUCCAGACCACCAAGGAUACCCAACAAUCGUCAUCUCCCAGUACUGGAGAGGCAAUUCAGGGAUCGGAUGCCUUACCGUUUCGGCAAUCAAGUCCAGAAGAGUCGGCCUUUGUCAAAAUCGCCACUGUCUACAGCCCUGGUAGCUCUAGCACGGCGGUAUUUAGCUGUCAAUCCCCUGGAUGCGCGGGCCGAACAUUUAGUCGGUGGCCCGAUUUCAAGAGGCACUAUGACGGGGCGCAUGCGCUUGAGAAGACCAUUUACUGGUGCCAUGUGUCUGAGUGCGAGCGUAGCGAGGCAGACGGGAAAAGUCCAUUUCCAAGAAAAGAUAAGAUGAAGGACCAUGUUAGAAAAGUGCACUCGAUGGACUGUCCCUAGUGCAAGGAGACAUGGUGAUCGUUGUGGAUGUAUGGAUUGUAUUUGGCCUGAUGCGUCUGCUUAGGUGGAGAUUUCGACAUGAAUUGAUGCACUCAAAUUUUACAUUUACCGGCGUUGGGGAAGGGAGGAAAGUUCAGGCGGGGUAGAUUCGACAAGGAUUCUCUUUACGGUCAGUUGAACAUGGGUAGAUCCGCCGGUUAAAUGUGACAAAGACAGGAUUAGACAACUGGUCACUGUGUCAGCUUAUUGUCGGAAGCUUGAAGUGGUUGCGUGGUAUUGAGCACAAGGAGGGUAAGGUGAAUUUCGUGUCUCGCAUGAGUUAAGCUCACGUAUACUGUAGUUUGUCAAAAUCUGAUC